GUAUAAAAUGAGUUUGUGUAUCCCAGACACUCAUUCUGCUGAAUCUCCUCAUCCAGCAAUCAUGUACAACCCAGCUUACUAUGGCGCCGCUGCAGUUGCCCAGGACAGGGGUUACUCGACUGGUCACUUCUUGGGAGGAUUUGACCCUAUCGGUCUGCUCGCUGGCUUGUCCUUCAUCUCCUUCCUUCUGCACGCCCUUUUGUCCUUCUUGUUCCGUCCUUCGGCUCACUCUGCUGGCUACUACUUGCCCCACGGAAGCGCCGCCAGCAGUCGCCAGGGCGAGAGCACCAACGCUCACAACCUGCUUGAUUCGGCCAUCGACUAUUACGAAUCGCUGAACGACGGGGCAAAGAGCAUCAAAAACAGACACUGAUUAUUGUACAAAAGCAGUGCAUUAUUAUUUAUUAUUCAGCAAAACUUCUUAUUUAUUAACUCAACUAUGUUGUCACUUGAGUAAAAUCUAUCAAAAGCAACGCGCUCAUCUUUUUUAAUAACUUUGCUAAUAAAUGCAUCCGAAUUGGCGACACAGAACAUAAGUGUGUGUUAUUUACAAAUGAUAGGAAGAGAGCUAUGUUAUUUACAGGCAGUUAAAAUGAGACAGGUUAGAGGAAGAAAUAAAUAAUUUCUCUUGUCUGCUGUGUGAAUUCACACUAGAUUGGUUACUUUGUAAAUUUCCACGAAUCAAGCUGACGAGCUGGGUGCUAUGCUGGAUCGUUUUCUUUGUUGGUCACAAACUUCUUGACCUGAACAGG